UGGCGUGAUGGCCGUGGAGCUCAUCAGAAUGUAAUUUCAGCAUCUACAGGUGCUGCUAAGGCUGUUGGAAAGGUUAUUCCUGAACUGAAUGGAAAGCUGACUGGUAUGGCAUUCCGUGUUCCUGUUCCAGAUGUCUCUGUGGUGGAUCUUACCUGCAGACUCAAGAAGGGGGUAAGGCACUGCCUCAUUGUAUGUUGACCUGUCAGCACGUUUGGUUUUAUUGUGUUGAUUACCUACAUGUAGUGUGACACCAGUCAGAGCAUUUUUUUCAAUAUUUCAUUAGCCCUCAGUGGCCAAUUCCAAAAAUGAAUUACAGUUGAACCUCCAUAUAAUAUUAAUUUGAAAACGCUAGGGUUUUCCCAGUUAAAGCCUUAGAGUUGGACCCUGUCUUAAACGACCACCUCUCGUAAGCAACUGAUACCACUUUUCGGGGAUGAUGGUUAAAUAACUUUCCUUUGUUUUCAACGUGCAAAGAAAGUAGUGUCCAAUAGCCCGGGGCAACUAUAACUACACACAUUGCAACUUAGAAAUUGCAUGCAGUGAAUUAUCUUCCAUAAUGAAGAUGUGAUCUGACCUCUUCUCAGACGACACCCCCUGUGGUUUGAUUCUUGUAAGUCAUCAACUGUAAGUGACCACCAAAUCUGUUCAUUUUGGGUGUCCGUUUAAGGGAACUUCGACUUUAAUUUUAAAUAUAGACUGGAAACAUAAAUUUUUGUUCUGAAGUGUUUUGGCUGAAUCACCCAGCCUUCAACAGUUGAUUGUACAUGGUUUUGUAGCUGUCACAAGACCUUAGAGCAGCCAUUUGACGAGAGUAUGGUAUUGUAGAUGUUUGUGUGCUCCAUUAAGAGUUAGGCCCUCAACCAAAAUGUUUCAGGUUACAUUAUAAAAUGGUGGUAGCCUAUAUCCUGCACUAGAAUUAAACAUCCUAUCUGUCUCACAGUAAACUGAGCAGACACAAAAAGGACCAUGGCAAAUCCAAGAUGGCCUUUAGUAACAAAUGUCUAUAAUUGUACACGAUUAUCUAGUUGGUGAAAAAUUCAUAGUGUGUAUGGAACAGGGUUUGCAAAUUUUAUUGAUGAGUGGAGUCAGUGUGACUUCUGCUUCACAAAUUUUGGAGUCAUAUUCAGCGUGCAAAGAAAGUACUGUCCAAUAGCCCGGGCCUAGUGGAUUUUGCUAUUGGGCUAGUGAAUUCUGUUUUUAUCUUGCCCGACGGGCAAGUGAUGUGUUUUGAGGAAUUCAAAUAACAGAAGAACUGUGAAAUCAAUUCUGCUUGUCAAAAAGCUUUUGGGGCUAGUUGAAAUGAUGACUGGGCUAGUAAAUGCUAGUUUCAGCUUGCCUGGAAGGCAAGCUGUAAAAAAGAUUUUCUUUGCACCCUGCAUAUUGGAAUAUUUGGGGUUAAGUAUCACAAAAACGAAACAAGCCAUUUUCAGACUUUCCAGCACAUGGUCUUGGCAUGUAUACACUAUCGUGACGGAUACACAAAGUAGCUGUGGCGGUCCGCUAACCUGGAAAGCUCAAAUCCAUGAUGGUGGUCAUCGAGUAAACUCUUCCUGUUUUGUUGUGCAGUAUUAUUCUUUAAUUUCAAUGAUUUAAUUAAGGUUUACAACAUUUACAAUUAAUGUAAAUUGUAUUUGUUACGAAAAAGAUAAGAACAAAACUGUGUUUGUUACCGAAAAUUUCUGGAGUCGAAGUGACUCCCUCGGUAACCUCAAUGGAGUCAUCUGAACAAUUUUGGCAUAAAAUAAUAUUUUAUGCCAAAUUUGGCGUAUUUGUUAACCCUGAUGGAAACUGUGAUAAAAAAUAAUACGAUCAAACCUCACACAAUGGCCACAAGAAAUUGGUCAGUGUAGAGAGGUGGCCAUCUUAGAAAGGAUUAAACAACAGUCAAUGUAUGGACAGUCUGCCAAAAAAAGUGGUGGCCAUUAUAGACAGGUGGGGGCCAUAAAUGGAGGUUUGACUGUAUUUGAUGCAAAACCUAAAUUAAUUCAGGCUUACAUUUUGUUAAAAACAAAGUUAAAACUGAACAUUCAAGCCAUGCAGUGUUUUGCUUAGUGUUCUUCUUCUGUAGCAACUUUGCACCAAUUUCCCAUCGUACUAAUUUACAAAUAAGUUACAUCCCAUUUUCUUUUUCAUUCAUUCUUUCUUUCAUUUUUUUUCUGUUGUAGGCAUCAUAUGAUGAAAUUAAGGCAGUGAUGAAGAAAGCAUCAGAAGAUCCAGCACUUAAAAAAUACCUUGGAUACACUGAUGAACAAGUUGUGUCCACUGACUUCAUUAGCAGCACUUAUUCUUCAGUCUUUGAUGCGGCGGCUGGAAUCUCUCUGAAUCCAAAUUUUGUUAAGCUUCUAGCCUGGUAA